UUCGUACAAUGAGACCAGCUUCCUUCUUCCUCUGGAUUAUUCGUCUGUCUUUAGUUUUUUCAGUUCCAUUUCCCUUUCACAAGAGAUCCGUUGUAUAUAAAUCCGAUUUACUGGGCAAAAGGCCGCGACGAUCCAAUGAAGUCAUUGACUGUAUAUCCAUGGCCUCGACAGAGGGGGACUUUACAUACAGGUCUGAUGGCCUUACAAGUGUGUGCGGAAUCUACUUUAUCUCCCCUCCAGAAAGUCUUAUAGAGAUAGAGUUCAGCAGCUUCAACAUCAACUGUAAAUCUGGACUAGCAGUGGUUGUGGACGGCUGGGAAAUGAACCAGCAGUUUUUCCCCUCCCCUGAGGAUCACGAUAAAACUAUUGACGACCGAUUAGAGAAUCUAUGUGGCCAGAGGCCCUCCAAGACAUUUGUUUCCUCACAGAACGUGGCACUGAUUCAACACCUUAUAGCUAUGCCGGGCGAAGGUUUCACUGUUAGGGUGCGAUUUCGGAAAAAUCCACAGC